UUUGCCUCGAUUCUAUUUUUAUCAGACGGAGUACCAGCCAAGAGAAGGCUACUCUGUUGUGAAACUAUUAUAAACAAACAUGGCUUCCAAACAAAAAAAGAGUGAUCCUUUAUCCAGAUAUUUUAAAGACUUAGAUGAGUGUGAUUUAAGUAGCAGCGAUGAUGACGAAUCUAAAGUAGAAUCUAUAAAAUCAACUAAUAAUAAGUCACAAAAAGUGGAUAGAUCUACAUCGAAUGUAAAUAAUUCCAACAGUAGUGCAGACACGACUUCUCCAAACAAAAGUAAAAGAAAUUCUGGAAGUGGAAAUGAACCUGAUUUGAAAUCUGAAGAAAAAAAGAAUACUAACGUGAUGAAAACUACACUUCCUUCUGCUCAUGAUUGCCUUGCAUCAAAAAAUACACCUGGUUUCUUAAAAGUGUUAGAUAGCAAAGAGUUGAAUUGGGACAAGCUAGAAAAACGCCUAGACAAUGACAAUGCUGAUCAACAAAUAACAGAUUUCAAGACGAAUGCUGUUCCACCACCUUCAUCAUAUGAACCAGUCACUGAUCCAGGUAUUAAAGUUGUUGACAAUGAAGGAAGGAAACGCAAAAAAUUAGGUGAUGACCUGGAAGAUCAAAUGACUUCAACAAAAGCGUAUAAGGUGCAUAAAGAAGAGGAUCAAGAUUCAAGUUAACAAUUGACAUUUUAAACUAUACAUAUAUUCAUCUUAAUAUAAAUUACAUUUUUAAAUAUGUGCUUUUAAACAAAAAUAA